AUGAGCUCCAGUCGUCGGACUACAAAUACUAUUUCUGCUACUGAUAGAACUGUACACGAGUUCAAGCGUCGCAUUAUGUUCCAGGUCUUCUGCGACCCAGGCAUGAGGGCAAUCGAGGACCGGUUUAUGGCAAAAAUCACUGAUUUCAUCGCCUUGCUUUGGGAUAAAGCCAAAAUGGGUCCGAAGCACCUCCGCCGCCAUGAGCGGUACUAG